CUGGCGCGGCGGCGCCGCCGGGCUCGGCGCUGGCCGGGAGGCGCCGGAGCAGCCGCGCGAUGGAGCCGCCGCCGCCGCCUCAGGAGCAGCAGCAGCAGCUGCAGCUGCCGCCGCGCCCCCGCUCGCACACGGUCACCACCACCAGCAGCUCCUUCACCGCCAACCUGUCGGCCAGCUCCAGCACCCUCGCCUACGACAGGGAGUUCCUGCGCACCCUGCCCGGGCUCCUCAUGGUGGCCGAGAUCGUUUUAGGGCUGCUGGUGUGGACCCUGAUUGCUGGAACAGAAUACUUUCUAUAUCCAGCCUUUGGCUGGGUGAUGUUUGUAGCUGUCUUUUACUGGGUUCUCACCGUCUUCUUUCUGAUCAUCUACAUGACAAUGACGUACACCAGGAUUCCCCAGGUGCCAUGGACCACAGUGGAAAGCGUGGUCCCACUAGUCUGCAUUCAUCUCCCAGGUCCAAGACUCUGUCAAGCAAAGCAGCUGCAGCGGCCAGAACCCCAGGAAGAUGUUUUGCCCCUCCAUUUUGCCUGGGAAAACAAGGGUCUGUGUUUUAAUGGAAGUGCCUUCAUUUUGUACUUCAUUGCUGCCAUUGUAGAUGCAUCUGCAGUUACCAAAGAACUGGACAGUCACAAUUACAACAGCUGGGCAGCUUCUUCAAUCUCACUGCUAGUUGGAUUCAUCAGUGUAAAUAAUUCUCAGUGGACUGACUACAGUGCAUACACCUACUUUCAGAUCGUCACUAUGUGCGACUUGGUUAUGAUUUUGUUCUUCUACAUUGUCCACAUUUUCAGAAUCUACAGGAUGCUCACUUGCAUUAGCUGGCCACUUGCGGAGUUUCUUCAUUAUCUAAUUGGUACAAUUCUGCUUCUCAUUGCAUCAAUUGUAGCAGCAUCCAAGAGCUACAAUUUGACUGGACUCGUGGCUGGAGCGACUUUUGGAUUCCUAGCUACGAUCCUUUGUGUUUUAAGCAUAUGGUCAUCCUACAAAGUUUCAUGCAUCACUCAGUCAACAGAUGCAGCUGUAUGACUCUUUUCAUCUCAGCAAGACGUCUGUGCCUUACUAAAUAGGAUACCAAAGAGGAGAAUCCACCACUGAGGAGAGAGCAUGGGUGUUUUGUUACUAGCCUGAACAACUGGUAGCUUUUGAAGAUCUACUUGAAUGCCUAUACAAAACAAUGUUGGGAACCAAAGGUUUGUUGCCCCCCCAUUGUUCCCCCGAAGUUUAUAAUGGAGAACUGAGCUUUAUAGAGAAGGACUACUUCUGCCUCACAAGCUGGGGUGUGGUCAUAUCCAGCUAUUUGCAAUAAGUGCAUUUAAAACUCAUUUGGAGAGCUGUCCAGUUCUCUUUCCAGAGGGAUGGAAAAAUUACUUCUGAUUUCCUCCAUCUGUGUACCAGAAGGGAAAUCCUGCAAAUUCCUACCUGGUUCUUAACUUCAAAGGAUGAUUCCUUUAACAAAGGAACUGUGACAAACCAGUUUGUGCCUGGAUAAGUUAACCCAAGUCUUUGUUACCUCUUCCUAUCACAACCAUGGAUUAUUUUAACAUCAGCUCAGCCAGCAUCAAAGAUUAUGAACUGCAACUUGGAUAAAUCACUGCAGAUGCUCCCUUCUAGACGCAGCAGUACAGUAGGAUUUAUAUGUGAUGAAAGCAGUUUUUUCUUCAUGAAUUUUUAUCAUUUAGUAACAAUCAAAGAUUAUUCUUAAAAACUUUUCUCUGCCAAAUACAGGAAAAUACAUAUCCAAGAAUUUUUGUGUAAUGGUUUAUGGGCUCUUUUUCUUUCCUUUUCACAAAUACUCAUUGGUAAAAUGGAUGUUUGUAAGACCUGUUCUGCAGGAAAUUUCUGUAAAAUUCCUAGAAAUUAUUCUUUUUGGAGUCUGACAGUGCUUAUGGAGAGUCCCUUGUGAGUAGAACAGUGUGCUUCUUUCUCUGUCUUACAUGGAGUUUGUCCCUUCCUCUGUCUCUGCUGGGAUCCAUGUUUUCAGAGACACUCCUCGGCAAUUUCAGAACCUGAACAGGCCAGAACAGUUCAGUUUAAUCCAACUUGAUAUUGUUGCAAUGUUGCUCUGCUGUUUCUAUGUCACUUUGAGGCUGAGACAAUUCUGCUAGCUUCUUAGCAGCUGCCUCUCUCUGUCCUUUUGCAAUCCAUUUCUGGUGAACUGGAAACUCUUUGAAGGGAAAAAGGGAAGCGCAGGCCUCUCCUUAGUGCAGUUCCUUUUUGUAUCUAGCUGUGAAGUAAAAUUUUUAGUACUAAGUCAGUCUAUUCUGUCUGGCCAUGACAGUGCAGCAGGUUUCUGCAAAAAAUAAGAUUUAUGCAGGCUACUAGAUCCACUGCGGAGGUAAGCAGCAUUUUCUGGUCUGCUGUACAUUUUUCUAUUUGUCUGAAACUGUGCAUAAAUACUGGUCAACCAUUUAAUGAUCCUCUUAUAGAAAACUGGAUCAGCAUGCUAGAUAUUUAGGGAUACAGCCUCUUCUUUUCAUUCUUCUAAUCCCCCAGAGGAAGCAGAAAUGCUAUGUUUCUCUUGGUAUCUCCUUCACCUCUUGAGAGAAGCGUUCAGAUAGAUAUUAGGCACCUUCACAAGCUUUCCCUGAUCUUGCCAACCAUGUGCAAAACAAGUGUUCUGCUGCACACAGCUUGCAUGCUACUGAGCCCUCUGAGCUGGGGUUUCUGUGGGGAGAAGCAUCUGCUAAGGAUUUAAGCUGGAGGCUGAGCUUUGGUGAAGAAAAGGCUGUUCCCAUUCUGUGCUGGAAUCGUCACUCGCCCCUCCCCCCCAGCACUUUUUCAACCUCUCACUUCACUCUGCCAUUUGCCACCAUGUGGGAAGAAAACCCUUAGGGGAAUGUCAUGCAGUCCAGCAACCAAAGAAUUCCUGGAUGACACUCUGCAAUCACCCAAAGAAUAUGUUUUGAUGCAAAUGCACUUGUAAAUAGUGGAUCAAGAGAAGUAAGCUACAAGGUCCCCUUUUGGUUUUGUGCCAAAGAUACAGGGCUAAGGCACAUCUGCAGCUCUUGCUAUUAUGACAGUGCUGGGUCCUUAAGACCCACCAGAAGCUCUUAAUGCAGGAUGUUUUCAGGCUGGAAAAGUGACAUUUCUGUUGGCAUAGGUUCCUCACUUCCCCCAAGUCCUCCUUGUGAAACAUGUCUACCAGGAAAAGCACAAUUUUGCUGGUAUCAUGAGCUUUACCAAGGGGUAUUUGAAUGACAGCUCUGUCCGAUACGGACUGUAGCACCUCACUCAUGUAGUUACACUGGCAAAAGUGUUUUGAGUUUUCUUUAGUAUCAGUCUCGUUCUGAAAGCUCCAUCUGUCUGUGACUUUGUCAAAUAUGGAAUUCCAGGCAUUUCUUAAAAAUAAACUAUGUUUGCUAUUUGGAUGAUGUAACUGCUUUGAGAAUAA